UGGGAGGUGGGGAAAUAACCCAAAGACCAGUGAAUAAACAUUAAUCUAGUUUACUUGAUUAGUUUAUUUGAUAAACAUUUCUUAUAUCAAGUGAGAAAACUAUUAUCCCCAAAGAAUACAAGUAUUUAGCACAGAAUUACUGAAGAAUCAAAUGAAGUUUAAAUAUGUAGCACAAUAUCUGACCCAUUUAAUAAAUGGCACCUAUCUCGAUAACACUACACUUUGCCAGGCUAUAAAAAAUUUAAAUAUAAUGAGCAUAGAAAGCAGAAUAAUAAAGUCAAGUUACACGUGUAAAUAACAGACUACAUUAGGCAGGGGUGGGUGUCAUGAGGAUUAGUGUGAUAGUGACCUUGUUGCUAAGUACAAAAGCAAAACAAUGACAUAAAAACAAAUGCUAAGUACUGAGUGGAGGAGAGAAAUGGAGGCAGACACUGGAAAAAAAGACUGAUUAAAAGGGCUCUUUGAUUCCACAGGCACAAAAUCCACAGCCAGGAAUUUGCUGCCACCUCUGAGUCAGGCAGGGGGUGGGGAUGGGGGUGCACAAUCCCAUUAGAGAAUGCCCAGUGGAUUUAGUCUGUGGGAGUCACAUUUCUUAUUUGGACCAGUGAAGACAGAAGCAAACCAGCUCACUUGUUUCCUGGGACAGUUGAUUUAGGGGAUGGCUUUCUCAGAGCAGUCACCUCUGACCCUUCACCGCCGGGACCUCUGCAGCCGCUCUAUCUGGCUAGCAAGGAAGAUUCGUUCAGACCUGACUGCCCUUAUGGAAUCUUAUGUAAAGCAUCAGGGCCUAAAUAAAAAUAUCAACCUGGACUCUGUGGAUGGUGUUCCAGUGGCAAGCACUGAUCGCUGGAGUGAGAUGACUGAGGCAGAGCGACUCAGAGAGAACCUCCAGGCUUACCGUACCUUCCAUGAGAUGUUGACUAAGCUUUUAGAAGACCAGAGAAUUCAUUUCACUCCAACUGAAGGUGACUUCCAUCAAGCAAUACAUACUCUUCUGCUCCAAGUUUCAGCGUUUGCCUACCAGCUAGAGGAGUUGAUGGUGCUUCUGGAACAUAAGAUCCCUGAACGUGAGGCUGAUGGGAUACCUGUGGCUGUUGGAGAUGGUGGCCUCUUCGAAAAGAAGCUGUGGGGCUUGAAAGUCCUUCAGGAGCUUUCACAGUGGACUGUGAGGUCUAUCCAUGACCUCCGUGUCAUUUCUUCUCAUCAGAUGGGACUCUAAACACAUGAGAGCCAUUACGGGGCCAAGGACAAGCAAAUGUAGCAGC